AUUUACGUUGAAAACUUAUUAUUAAUUUCUAUACAUUUUCUAAGUGUUUGAGAAAAUUAUGUGGGUAAAUCAUGGAAUAUUAACGGAAUCAGUGAAAAAUUUAACCUCUAUACACAAUUAACUGCCUGUUGCUUUGUACGAGGUUCCGGUAGUUUGAAGAAAUGUGCACGAACAAUGAAGAGUGCUUAGCUGAGAGACUGCGAAGGGAAAACUAUGAACAGUUCAAUAUCCUAGUUCGGAUGCAUUUAUCAUUUGUUCUGGACUUAAAUACAGAUGAGAACGAUGCUUUGGUGGAUAAAACAAAAUUGAAGAAAUGGAGUGUGCUGCCAUUUCGAAAAUCAAAAAGUCGGGGGGUUAUGGAUGGUGCACCACUGACUCAAGAAGGGAUCUGUCAAGUUUAUCAGUUAAUUGAGUUUUUAAAGAAAGAACCAAAUAUUUGCAAGGAGGGUGUAUUUAGGAGGACGGGAUCUUUGAACAGGCAACAUGAUCUCCGGAGUUUACUUAAUCAAGGAACAACCCUUUGCUUGGAAGGUGGUCCUUAUAGUGUGCAUGACUGUGCUUCAGUGCUGAAAGGUUUUUUGGCAGAGCUUCCUGAACCUCUGUUAACUGAAGCUCAUUACCCAGCUUACUGUCAGAUUGCAGAAACGUCAGUAGAAAACGAGGAGCGCUUAACUGGAUCUCUGCAAUUACUGUUCUUGCUGCUACCUACAGAGAAUCGGGUAUUAUUAAAAGAUGUCUUGGAUCUGCUGCAUCUUACUGCUUCGUAUGAAGGGCACAAUAAAAUGUCGGCAGAUAGUUUAGCCACCCUCUUCACGCCGCACCUGUUGUGCCCCAGGAAGCUUUCACCUGAGAAUCUCCACCUAAACUCGCAGACUCUCUCGGUGAUCGUGUCAUACAUGAUCAGAAACUGCAAAGAAUUAUUUAAUAUACCGCCGAAGCUUUCGGUCGAUAUUAAAGCGUAUUUGCAGGAUCGCGAUCGCAAGAAGAUUUUGUCGCCGGAGAAGUGUGUUAACGAGUCUGUGACCGACAACUUUGCGAGCACGGUCUUUAGUUUUGUUGAUCAUGAGAGGACAGCCAAGGAGAACCAAUCGAAUCCUACGGAAACGGCACUGGCGCAGCUCUACGCCCACAUACAGUGUCUACCCGAAUCGGCACAGAAGAAGAAACUGGUCAAGCAGUUCAACAAAUGCAAUGGGAAUGGUACACCGGUCGUACUGAGAAGUAAUCUCCCGAAGAGCCGCAGCCUCGGUGAUUCCAUCAAAAAGCACAUAUUCCAGAAAAGGCUGAUAAAAAGCGUGAAGAAGUCGCAGCUUGUACGUCAGCAUUCGUCCAGUGAAGAAUUAUUAAAUAGUCCAAGGAGCACAAGUCAAAGCAGUAUAAUUCGAAGUCGUCUCUUUUGUGGCAACUGCGACAGUUCCAGCGAGAACGACGAAACGGCAGCUAAGAAGCUACGUAAAUCUACUGAAAACCUUGUACAAUCGGAAAAUGAAGCCACCAGCGAUGAAGAUGCAAUGAAGAGGAGCGUUUCGGAGCCUGACUUGAGCUCCGAUGAUGUAAUGGGCGUCUACAACACCUAUCUGACGAGUACUCCAGCUUGCGUGCCAAGAGCUCCGACCACAAUGCCUAAUGCAGAAUUGCUGGUAUUCACACCGGAUGAUCAAGACCGCAAAUCCAUGUCUCCAAUUACAAGAUCCACCCAAAGAAUGUCUCGAGCGAUGCAGGAAACGAUGAUGACUCCGAGGAGCCGCAAACCUGUACUCCUCAUGUCCGGUACGAACAUAAACAACUUGGCGAGCGAGAAGCAGCAGGGCUUCUCCCAAAUGGAACACGUGAGUGAGGCGGAAGUCGAAGACGAGGAUGCGUCGUUGACAAGCGACUUCCGGGAAUACCUGCACAGCAGGAGCCUUCUCACCGCCUCCCCAACGGAUCUGAGCUUCUCCAGCCGCACAGACGACUACAGUUCGACGAACAUCAAAGAUCUGAGCAGCAGCAAAAUGAGCGCGUCCUUGCUGUGCUGCAUGGAUGGAAACGUGCCCGGAAGCUCGGAGGACAAAGAAAACGUUUAUUUGGACGAAAAGGAACCCGUGCUCAAGCCAAAACAGUUCGACGAGAACGGUCUGCCCACAGUUUACGAGACGUCGUUCUAAGAACUGCCUAUUUAUGAAACUCUGUUGCUGUACAGUAUUUUUAAACGCGCAAAAUCUGUCGCGUAUUGCUCUAAUUAAUCGUAAAUUAUUACUUUUUUUUAAUGUUUGAAUAUAAAUAUAUAUAUAUAUUUGCUA